AGGAAACCACUUAUGCAAUUUUCAAUCAUGACGACCAUUACCUACUUAGCUCCAAAAAGUGGUCACUUACCAGCUAGCCUGACCGCUUGCUACGGCCUUGGACUAAAAUAGAGUGUCUAGAAGACAGUGCAAGUCGGAUCAGAGUGCUCUAGUGUCAAGUCUGUGACUGUGAGAGUCAAACUUUAUAUGUGCGUGUAGGGAGCAGACGUACCUGCUGAAAUCCGAAAUCGUUGGGGUAGGGAAAUGGCAAUUGACGGAACUUCUGCUCUGAGGUGCAUUGAGGAACUCUUGGAGAUGGGCAUCACUGAGAGCCGACUACUGCAGGCAGCUGACCUUCUCACUGUGAGUCAGUACAGUGACGUGGUGGACGAGAGGAACAUCGACCACCUCUGUGGGUACCCUCUCUGUGACCAACAACUAGUCAACGUACCAAAACAAAAAUACCACAUAUCCACGGCAACCAACCAAGUCUUGGAUCUCACUCAGAGAAAGAAGUUUUGUAGCUCUCAGUGUUUCAAAGCUUCAAAUUUCUACCGCUCCCAACUCUCUACUUUCCCUCCAAUGGCUAGGACAACAAAGCGGUCCAUGCAGCUUCUCCCCCUGUUAGACUCCCCCCUCUGUAAGCCGGUAACCGAAGCUACCUCAUCACAACCAGUCUCAGUGGAUACCAAGCAGCAACCAACCACCGAUGAUGGCUCAUCACAACUAGUCUCGGUGGAUACCAAGCAGCAACCAACCACCGAUGAUGGCCCAUCACAACCAGUGUCAGUGGAUACCAAGCAGCAACCAACCACCGAUGAUGGCUCAUCACAACCAGUCUCGGUGGAUACCAAGCAGCAACCAACCACCGAUGAUAGCUCAUCACAACCCAUCACAACCGAUGAUGCUCCAUUACACGCUAUAAACUUAUCUUCGUUUGAAUCUUUAUGCCUGAGUGACAAAAAUACCUCGGUAUCAAACCAUCCCUUUAACUGUGGCGGUGGCGAUGAACAGUUUGCAAACAAGUACAUUCAACAAAUAUCCGACUCAUUGGACAUUUGGUUGAACACUGUAGGAACGAAGCAGCAUGACCACUCUGAAGGUGUGUUCCAUCCUCCGCUACACGACAUGUGUGUUAGUCAAGUUCAAAGAUCCCUGUUUAUGAGCCAGCUACGCUCCACGCUACAGUCUCUUGGUGAGGGAAGUGGUGUAAUGGAAAUGGCCUCAUCUUUUAGAUUGACCAACAAAUGUGUGGCCUUCAGGCCCCCUCAGUGGAAGCUCAUUGCACUACUGCUGAUUGCCCUUUUCCACGGACAGGAGGCAGUAAACAAGAAGGCUCUGGACAUUUCUCUGACUGAGUUGAAAGCCAGUAAAGAUCAUUUUGACAUACUCUUUAUCAAAGCAAAGGAACUAAUUAACCCAGUAAUUGACUCAAUCUGAUUUUAUGAAAAAUUCAGCUGAUUAUCUGAUUUCAUGACAAAAAAAUUCAAACUUUGAA